AAAACACACGCGGCAGAGAGCACACUGUAUACAAAGAAAAACACAGACAAUUUAUUAGACACAAGAUAGUACAUAAUCGCUUUGUUAACUCCGCCAUUUCCAACGGAUCUUUGGAAGCUCAAAAAUUCAUUCUGCUAUAUCUAUCUCCUCCCCAUUUCUCCAUUUCUUCUCAAAAUCUAAUAAGAUGCAGUCGUCAAUUUCCCUCUCCUUCUCUUCGCCUUCCACAAUUUGCAGAUCCGACUGCAGCACGGCUGCCGUUGCCAAUGGCAGUUUUCUCAUGCCGCGAUCGCUUCGAUUCUGCGGACUGAGGAAAGAGGCAUUUAAGUCGUUGAAUUCGAGCCUUCAUAUUCGCCUUACAAGGCUUUGUUGUUCGAAUAACAACAGAAUAUCGGCUUCUUCCGCAAAUGGAGCUCCUUCUUCUUCUUCUUCUUCAUCUUUGAAGGGGGGCUUUGACUAUGAUUUGGUUAUCAUUGGAGCUGGUGUUGGUGGCCAUGGUGCUGCUCUUCACGCCGUCGAGAAAGGCUUAAAAACUGCCAUCAUUGAAGGGGAAGUUGUUGGAGGAACAUGUGUAAAUAGGGGAUGUGUUCCUUCCAAAGCCCUCCUAGCUGUGAGUGGUCGCAUGCGGGAGCUUCAGAAUGAACAACAUAUGAAGUCUUUUGGUUUACAGGUUGCUGCUGCUGGGUAUGAUAGACAGGCUGUUGCUGAUCAUGCAAAUAAUUUGGCCUCCAAGAUACGUGGUAACUUGACCAAUUCUAUGAAAGCCCUUGGCGUGGAUAUAUUGACUGGUUUUGGGACAGUUUUGGGUCCACAAAAAGUCAAAUAUGGGGAUACUGUAAUAACAGCAAAAGACAUCAUAAUUGCUACUGGCUCUGUCCCUUCUGUGCCCAAAGGCAUUGAGGUUGAUGGUAAGACUGUAAUAACUAGUGACCAUGCACUUAAAUUAGAAUUUGUACCCAACUGGAUUGCUAUUGUUGGAAGUGGUUACAUUGGACUGGAAUUUAGCGAUGUGUACACGGCACUUGGAAGUGAGGUUACCUUUGUUGAAGCUCUAGAUCAGCUCAUGCCUGGCUUUGAUCCUGAGAUUGGGAAACUGGCGCAGCGGGUUCUUAUCAAUCCUCGGAAGAUUGACUAUCAUACAGGUGUAUUUGCGAGCAAGAUAACUCCAGCAAGGGAUGGAAAGCCAGUGCUAAUUGAGCUUAUUGAUGCAAAGACGAAGGAACCAAAGGAUACUUUGGAAGUAGAUGCUGCUCUUAUUGCAACUGGAAGGGCUCCGUUUACACAAGGACUUGGCCUGGAAAAUAUAAAUGUUCAAACACAACGUGGAUUUGUUCCUGUUGAUGAACGCAUGCAAGUCAUUGAUGCAAAUGGGGAGCUGGUUCCUCACUUGUACUGCAUUGGUGAUGCAAAUGGAAAAAUGAUGCUUGCACAUGCUGCAAGUGCACAAGGAAUCUCUGUUGUUGAGCAAGUUACUGGAAAGGACCAUAUCCUGAAUCAUUUAAGUAUUCCAGCAGCAUGCUUUACCCAUCCUGAAAUCAGUAUGGUCGGAUUGACGGAGCCUCAAGCGAGAGAAAAAGCUGAGAAGGAGGGCUUUGAAAUUAGUAUUGCCAAGACUAGUUUCAAGGCUAACACAAAAGCUCUUGCUGAAAAUGAAGGGGAAGGACUUGCAAAGUUGAUUUAUAGGCCUGACAAUGGUGAGAUCCUCGGAGUCCACAUCUUUGGAAUGCAUGCUGCUGAUCUAAUACAUGAAGCAUCCAAUGCCAUAGCUCUGGGAUCACGCAUACAGGACAUUAAGUACGCUGUUCAUGCACAUCCAACUUUGUCUGAAGUGAUUGAUGAACUCUUUAAAUCAGCAAAGGUAAUCUUUUUGUGUCCUGUGUAAUGCUGGUAGAAUGUCUUGAACGAGAUAGUACCUCUUUAGGAUGUUAGAGGGGUCAUAGUGCAUUUGCCUCACAAGAAUUGGUAUUAAACUAGGACAUUCUAGUCCUGCUGUGAU